AUGCGUGGACAAGCGGUAGUCGCAAUUUUUACUAGCCUCCUGACAGCUUCAACAGUGAGUUCUAGUCCUUCAUACUAUGGAUCUCCAGAGCGGCAGCGCAAUAAACGAGAACUGCUUCCAAGGUCUAGCGGCACUUCCGUAUUGAAGGCUGCACAGACUGUCGCUGCUGGCAAAACUUUUGAUGGUGGCAUGAAGGUGUUCGAUCGGGGGGUUACUUGCACUGGUCAAGCCGAAGGGAGCAGCUCUGACGCUGUCUUUAUAAUUGAGUCUGGCGGGACGUUGUCAAAUGUUAUCAUCGGCCCCAACCAGAUUGAGGGCAUUCACUGUAAGGGAGGUUGCACUUUAAACAAUGUAUGGUGGUCAGAUGUUUGCGAAGAUGCUUUCACCAUCAAGACUCAAACGGAAUCACAAACUACCUACAUCAAAGGGGGUGGGGCUUUUGGAGCUGCUGACAAAGUCAUCCAACAUAAUGGAGCGGGUACUGUGUCUGUCUCUGAUUUUACAGUUGGCGAUUUCGGCAAGCUGUACAGAUCUUGUGGCAACUGCAAAAACAUGUACAAAAGAAACGUUGUUCUUAAUAACAUUACUGCAACUUCUGGCAAGAUUCUGGUCGGUAUGUGA